AAGAAUGCGAUCAGCUGGACCGCAGCCACAAGUGCGCGCACCGCGCCCUGCAGCCCAGCAACAGCAGCAGCAGUUCCGAGGCAUACGACCAGCAGGCGGGCCACAGCAUCCCUCACCCAUCACUGAUGCUCCAUCUGCGUGGCAGCGCUCGCCUCACGUGGCGAUGCUACCUCUGCCACAGCCUGGACCAACCACAUCUCGCCAGGCCGCCCCUCCGCUGCCCCCGCAGCAGCAGCAGCCUGCGCCCACUGUCCGGCCCGAGCAACCACCGGCUACGCACGUGUCGCGCGCGUACUGCCGUGGUACGGAGCGCGUGCAGAGCGCUAUACGCAGCGCACAGCAGACGUCGGGUGAAGCUUCCCUGCCUCUUCAGAUGAGCGCCCUAAGCGUUGAACAGGCGAACAGCGGCAACGGCAGCAAUGGAAACGGUAGCAAUGGAAAUGGCACAACCUCUAGUCGAGGACAUUCGCGUGGCGGUCAUUUCUCUCGCGAAGAUGCCAAACAAAUGAUCCUGCGACCGCACAACAACUCCAAGAUAGGUACUGGGAAGCUACGACGAACCAACGACAUGAAUCUUCUCGUCAACUAUUUUGAGAUGGAGAAGUGUCAGGACUGGCGACUCAAUUUCUACGCCGUCAUUUACAAUCCCGCCCAAGACGACCGUCGUCAACGUUACAAGAUCAUGGAGCCUCACCUGAAGCAUUUUGGUGGCCAUGUCUUCGACGGCAUGAACAUCUUCUCGCGCAAUCUUUUGCCUAACAAGGAAACUGUGUUCUCUAGCACGACAAGCGACGGUGAUUAUAGCAUCACAGUGAAAUUUGUCCGAGAGUUGGACUCCUUGGAUGAUCAAUUCAUCAGGAUCCUCAACCUCAUACUUCGACGUUGUCAAGCUGCCAUCGAGACGUGCCAGGUGAUGAAAGAAACUUUCAUGAAGAAAAUUCAGACGCGAGUUGGUAAGGAGUUUGUUCCUCUAAGUUCGACGAAAAAGAGCAACUUCCACACCUGUGACAUCAACGGCAACCGAGCUCUCGAGGAGGCCGAGUUUGCGGGUUGCCUGCACAAUCUUGUCUCUGACGGAACUCCGCUCGAUGACGAUGCUCUGCUGUUCAGGCUUGAAUGCUUCCGCAAGUUCCACAACCAAGCGGACAAAAAUGACGAUCAUAAAGUCACCAAAGUUGAAUUCGACAACUGGACUAAAUUUGGUUUCUUCAACAUCGUCUUGGCCGCGAGUGGACAGACGACCGUGGACGGCGGCCCUGAUACAACAGCAGUUGACGUCAUCAUUGACGAUAAUCCUGCCAGAUCCCAGCAGGUGAAGGGAGUCAAAAGUAUAAUCAAAGCUUUGAUCCAAGGCAACACUGGUCUUGCCAUUGUUAACCUGUAUGGCUUGUUGACUAGUACCGACGUCAGCAACUACGACCCUCUUCUAAUCACAGCCGUUAACAACGCUGCUGAUACCGCACAGGCCUUUGCCCAACUCGUCGUUGCCGUCAUCAGUGGAACCGUUGGUAACAUUUCGACGGAUCAGAUAAUCCAGACCUUGGUCGUUGCUGCAGCACAAGCCGCUGGCAUCCCUGGCGACGGCAGUCUUGCUAUUUAUGCUGUGAUUGAUGGCCUACGAAACAACAACACCGCCGAA